GCCAUUCUGGAGCCAUCUGUUCUUUUCCGAGCCCUUUUCUCCUCCCACCUGCUCUCCCCGAUCUGACAUUGUCUUGACUUUACAAACUUCGACAACGGAGAACGCAGAGAUGCAGUAUGCGAUUAUGGCAGACAUGAAGCAUCUUUAGGCGGUCGUUGGGCGAAAAAUCUAACAAAAAGCUACUUCCGGUCUCCCGGGCCGCCGGGCCGACCGAUAAGACGGACCGCCGACAGGCCUUGCACUUAAAAGUAUAUCCCCUCGCGCUCGCUUCUCCUCGACCUCCCCUGUCUCCCUCUCUGCUAUGGCUGCCAACCUCGGUGAAACGCGCCCCUCGGUCACUCGGCCUCUCUCUGCUGGAAUCUUCGCGCCAAUCCCCUCGUUUUUCCUACCCGACUCUGAGGAUCUGGAUGUCCCGACAUUCAAGACACACGUUGUCCGAAUCGCGUCUGCUGGCGUUGGACCGCUGAUUGCUGGGUCUAUGGGAGAGGCGAUCCAUCUCUCGCACUCGGAACGUGUCGUCCUCAUCCGUGCUGCGCGUGAGGCCCUCGAUGCGGCUGGCCUGACCACGGUUCCGUUGAUUGUCGGGACCGGUGCUGCGAGCACCCGGGAAACUAUUCAGCUCACCAAGGAAGCAGCAGCAGCGGGCGCAGACUACUCGAUUGUCAUCGCGUCUGGAUAUUUCGCCGGCGCAUGGGGCAACAAUCCCGCGGCACUGAAGGCUUUCUUUGCCGAGGUCGCUGAAGCCAGCCCGAUUCCCGUGAUGAUCUACAACUAUCCUGGUGCCAGCGGAGGUAUCGAUCUGGACUCAGAUCUCAUCGUCGAGUUGGCCAGAGAUUGUCCGAACAUCUGCGGUGUGAAGCUGACCUGCGGCAACGUCGGCAAGCUGACCAGAAUUGCCUCCGCUGUGUCAGGCGCGAGCGACUUCUCGUCCAAAUAUCCACGGAAGACUGCCACGGCACCUUUCCUCGUUUUGGGCGGCUUCAUCGAUUUCCUCACUCCCUCGGCAUUCGCCAGCGCCCACGGUGCCAUCACCGGUCUGGGCAAUGUAGCACCCCAUGCGAUCAAGAAGCUCUUCGAUCUGUCCGAGAAGGCGACGACGGACUUGUCUGUUCUCCCCGAGGCCCUGCGUUUGCAGGGCAUCAUCGCCCGCGCCGAUUACACCAUUGCCAAGGCGUCCAUUGCUGGAACCAAGUUCCUACUGCAGAAGCUGCACGGAUACGGCGGCACAACUCGCAAGCCGCUGCCCCCCUUUUCGGAGGCGGCGGGGAAAGCUCUGUGGAACCACCCGGACACACAGGCAGUCGUGGCGCUCGAGCGAGAGAGCAGUGGGAAGGCAGAGUAGAGGAGAGGAGCGAGCAGGCACCCAGUUGCUUUUUUGCAGUGCGGGGAGUCUGGAUUGAGCUUCGGGGAUUGUCGACGAGGUAGGUUUUGAUUGCGAUCGUGCGGGGAUGCUUCGCGGCGUAAACAAUUGAACGCCACCAUCUCGUUCAACAAAGCAAGUUCUGGGUCGAAACCUGUCUCGCCAAUUGUGGACGGUCGACAUCAGAUUAUGGUGCUGGCUGCAAGACAUCUGCAGAGACGUGUUCUGCGUGCGCCAGCUGAGAUCAACACGGAAGUGACAUCCAGUCUCGUCUUACAAUGUUUUCCAUCCUCGUCGAUGCUCUCGUCAACCUAGUACGUGUGUACGUUCCCCUCCUCCCAAAAGCACACGGGGUCUACCGUUACGCGAGCUGGCACUGAACCACAUGGUUGACUUCCUUGGUCCGAGCACAGUGGACAGACUGAUGCAAGCACUGGACAUCGUAUGGACAACGGGAGGUCGAUUCGCGGCUGUGUCGAUGUCGACGAAUAUAUUCGGGAGCGAAGCCGUGCACAAUUCGGCAGGUAUGUACCUACGUGAAGCAGGGCUGAGGGGUUUGGUAACCAGGUCACGGUUAUGGAUCUUUCUGCUGCUCGAGUGCGUCGUCGCUUGGGUGGAGGAUGCAUCGACUCAAAUUAGCCUGUUCAGAGUGCUGGUUAUGCGGUUGCAUGGUACAGGGAGAUGACACGAGAGUCGAAUUGGGGGGGUGAUCGCAUGAGUCUGGCUGGCAAUCCAUUUGCGAGUUUUGGGGAAACAGGUGAUGUAGGCAGCGUGGAUGACUUUUUCACGAGGACGCGAUCGGUGCAUCGUAUCGUAUGAGAUCGAAAUCGCGUAACAACUGCCCUCGCCCUUGGCAAUUAUGCUGUCUCGGACACUGGACGCCCCCGCCCCCCAUGCGCGUGGUCGAUCACACAUGGUGGGCACUUCGAAUUCGAUCGGCCCCCUUCCGCUGCACUGGCUCGGACACUGUUCCGCCAGUGACUCGACCUGCGCCGUGAGCUCCGUCAUUUACACAUGCACUUACAGUAAGCCCACGAGAGCUUGAACAGCCGAAGGCCCGCGGCUUAAUGUGGUCCGCCCAAGAAGACGUCAGAUCGGAGAUAAGCACACCAAAAUCCUUCGUCGUUGCAAAGGUGGAAGGGAAGAAUCUCACUGGAGCGCCAAGUGUAGCAUCAUAGUCAGUGGUCUCGGGCGGCAUCGUGCUCCACGCUGGGAAGAAGGAAUCCGAACCAAGUCAAAUGGUUGGAGUAGCAGAAAUGCGAAUGCGAAACUGUUGGGGCCGAAGGAAAGCCAGGCUUGUUUUCUUCCUGCGCAAAAUGCCGGUGCUUGUUGAGAUGCUGAGAUGAGAGAAAUGUAGGUUGAGAUGGAAGAAUU